CUCCAAUGGAAGUGAUUUCAUCAUCGUGACCCUUGCUACCGGAUCAUGGACGUAUUCGGAACUCCUCCAGAAUUCCUGUACCUGGCAGCGAUGGCCGAUGCGUUCGAAAGCACCGCGAAGAAAAAGGCUGGUCCUCCUGGAGGCCAACCAGGACAACCAUUCAAGUUCACCAUCAAUGAGUCAUGUGAUCGCAUCAAGGAAGAAUUCGGCUUCAUGCAGAGCCAGUAUCACAGCUUGAAACUUGAAUGUGAUAAGAUCGCCAGUGAAAAGACCGAAAUGCAGCGUCACUACGUCAUGUACUACGAAAUGAGUUACGGACUCAACGUUGAAAUGCACAAACAGACUGAGAUCGCUAAACGGCUAAAUGCAAUCAUCGUACAGAUUCUACCGUUCCUUUCCCAAGAGCACCAAGGUCAAGUCGCGUCUGCUGUUGACAGAGCUCGUCAGGUUACCAUGAACGAGUUGAACACGAUCAUCGGGACUCAGAUGCAUGCUCAGCAAAUGCCGGCACAUGUUCAUGGCCCCAACCUACCGAUGAUGCCUCAUGCAGCUGCUGCAAUGGCGGCUGCAGCCGGUCUUCAACCUCCCGCGCCGAACACGGCUGCAGGUCUCCUUGCGCUAUCGUCCCUUGGAGCUGCGGGUGCACCCCCGGGUGCUCAUUUGGCCGCGGUUACGUCUGCAGCUGCGCAGCUAGUCAAAGAUCGCGAAGAGCAGAAGAGAUCCUCAUCCGUGCACAGCACCGAGGAAAGACACAGGAACUCGAUCUCCCCUGGCGAGCAGAAAUUCAGGUCAUCCGCUCGCACUCCUGACAUGGAAAACGAAAUGAAGAAACGUAAGAAAGAAGAGAAGGACUCAGAUGGGGAAAAGAGUGAUCAGGAGUUGGUGGUGGACGUCGCCAAUGACGACUCUGUUGGACCUGCUAACGGAAACGCCUCGCCCCGAGAGAAUGGUGCGGCGGAAAAAGUCAUUAAAAAAGAACACUCGCAUUCGCCUCACUCGUCCAAUUCUUCUACCCCUAAGCAGCAUAAGGAUCUUGGACAGGCCGGAGCUUCAGCCGCACCAAUAACCAACGGGGAGAAAAGCACCACACCUAAGCCGGCAACACCCACAUCUCAAAGCAACGGUGGUCCCGGUACACCGGGUCCGGCUGGGUCAAGUGGACUCGCCAAACCCGCCCUAGCAGGCCCUCCAAAGGGCCCAGCAUCUCUUGGUCCCCCUUACCCAUAUCCUCUGCACGCAGGGGCGCCCCCCGGUUCGCAUGGUCUGCCUGCAGACUUGUCGGCAUACCCUCAAGGGAUGCUGCACAACAAUUUGUCUCCAGCGCUGAAUUCAUACCCAAGGGGGCUGGUGGGCUACGACCCCCACCCCUCGAUGAGAGGACCCGGAUUCGGUAUGCCAGGAGGUGGCAAGCCCGCCUACUCGUUCCAUGUGUCGGCCGAGGGUCAAAUGCAACCCGUUCCGUUCCCCCCGGACGCCCUUCUAGGGGCUGGCAUUCCGAGACACGCUCGUCAGAUCAACACAUUGGCGCAUGGUGAAGUCGUUUGCGCCGUGACCAUUUCAAAUCCGACGAAAUACGUGUAUACGGGCGGUAAAGGCUGCGUCAAGGUCUGGGACAUAUCUCAGCCCGGCACGAAGCAACCGGUCUCGCAGCUCGACUGCCUUCAACGGGACAACUACAUUCGAUCUUGCAAACUUCUUCCUGACGGAAGAACGCUCAUCGUCGGAGGAGAGGCAUCCACGAUCUCAAUUUGGGACCUCGCGCCGCCCACACCGAGGAUCAAAGCCGAACUCACCUCGUCGGCACCUGCCUGUUACGCGCUAGCUAUCAGCCCCGAUUCUAAGGUGUGUUUCAGUUGUUGCAGCGAUGGAAACAUCGCUGUGUGGGAUCUCCAUAACCAGGCUCUGGUACGCCAAUUCGUAGGCCAUACGGACGGCGCCAGCUGCAUCGAUAUCUCCAGCGACGGCACGAAACUGUGGACCGGCGGCUUGGACAACUCAGUGCGCUCGUGGGAUCUGCGUGAAGGUCGCCAGCUGCAGCAGCACGAUUUCACCUCGCAGAUCUUCUCACUCGGCUACUGUCCGACCGGUGAAUGGCUGGCCGUUGGAAUGGAGAGCAGCAACGUCGAGGUGCUCCAUUGCAGCAAACCCGACAAGUACCAACUGCAUCUGCACGAAAGCUGCGUCUUGUCGCUGAAGUUCGCCUACUGCGGCAAGUGGUUCGUCUCGACCGGCAAAGACAACCUCCUCAAUGCGUGGAGGACGCCUUACGGAGCGUCCAUCUUCCAGUCGAAGGAAUCGUCAUCGGUACUGUCCUGCGAUAUCUCAUCGGACGACAAGUACAUCGUAACCGGGUCCGGCGAUAAGAAGGCGACCGUCUACGAGGUGAUAUACUGA